AUGAUGGGACGCUUCUCUGUUGAAUGGCUGUCCCAAAGCAGCCAGGCUCCGAGAGGCCUGAGCUGUGUGCAACCCUCCAGCUCCUGGAUCUCCGUGGCCUCAGACGAUCCCAGCACCUCAGGGACUGUUCCGGAAAGUCUCCCGGGUUUCUAUGGCUGGAGUCUGGGUAGCACAGAAGCUCACCAAAACCCUGAGCCAGCGAGACCUGUACAGAGCGUUAUGACUCCAUCAAAGCAGGAGAAGAACACAAGCAACACCGAGAGGCUUCAUGUUUCUGAGUUGGGUUUCAGCAGCAGCACAGAAGAGGAGGAGACAUCAGGCUACGAGAGCGAAGGCGGACGCUCCCUCUCGCCCAGCACCUCUAAGGAGGCAGCCCCGCCUUCGGCCUCCCCUGGCACCGGACGCAGAGCCCGCACCGCCUUCACAGCAGAGCAGAUCGACAGCCUGGAGAGAGCCUUCAAGAGGAACGCUUACCUGGGAGCCCAGGAGAAGGCUGAGUUGUGCAAGAGACUGAGUCUCUCUGAUAAACAGAUCAGGAACUGGUUUCAGAACAGACGUAUGAAGCUGAAGAGGACGGUACAGGACGCACUGGCCCACGCGUGCCAGGCUAACGUAGCCUCCCAACUCAUGCAUUAUCCCGAGCUGCAGCCCUUCAGGCCAGCCCCUUACCCCUGCUACUACCCGCCGCAGGAGACCCCGACUCCCUACCUGUGCCCACCCAGCCUGCACUAUGGCCCGCCUGCCGCCGCACCUAUGCCCGCCCUGCCUGCUAGCGCCCUCUACCAGUACAGGAGCCCGCAGGGCCUGUCCGUGCCUGCGGGCAGCCCAGCCCUCGUACCACCCUUCCAGCCGUACCACCAUCAGUACUUCACAUCACAAUGA